AUGAUUGGACAGUUACCCUCCCCUCCCGACACGAGGGCUGCCCGCUGCAGGCAGGACAUCCCGGUGCGGGGCCGGGGGCCGGUUCUGCAAACGGCACUUAACCGGGCACCCGAGCAGCAGUGGGGUGCUCCCGCCACGGAGCAUCGGUCCCAGCCGGCGACAGACCGCUCUCCGGCACGCCGCUCCGCCGGCUCUCCCCGCGGACGGCAGCCUGAGGCGGCGGGCCGAGAGGCGGCGGGUGAGGCGAAGCGCGGGCGGUGUGGGCGAGCGCCCCAUCGACCCCCCAACCGUUACCUGUCGGCGCUCCGGUCCUCCCAGGCGACGCAGGGGUGCCGCGGGGCCCGGCCGGUAGCGUCCGGCGCCUCACGGACGCCGCGGCGGGGCUCUCCCGGCUGGCAGCAUCCGAGCCCGGCACCGGCGGGAGGAGGAGCGGGACGUUACGGCGGGGAGCUGGAAGCAACCAUUCCCCGAGAGGGAGCACCGCCAGUGGCCGGCCAGGCGGGGCGGCGAGGAUGGGCCCUCCCACAGAGGAUGAAGCUGCCCUCCCCAAGGGGUUCUGCUGCUCUGCCUGUACCUCCUUCAGCCUUUCUCCUCUCUCCUUCCUGAUUUCAAUCCCAGCUGCCGUGGGACUGCCACUCUCCAACACCACUGAAACUUUCAGAAGCCUCUGACUUCAUCUGACUCUCUCACCCCGAGACUUACGGAUGAAAAAGCACUGCAUAAAUGCUAAGUAUUGGUAUCAAUUGUAUUAUUAAUAUUUGCAUGUUAAAAGAUCAUUAUACAAACCAUUUAGCUCUCCCUUCAAAGAGGUAGUGGAUAGAAAGGAAAUAUCCCUCCCCUGUCCUCCAUAGGGAAAGUGCUUUUAACUGAAGGAGAGCAACAUAAGCUGCAUUUAUCAUUCCUAAGAAAUUGUAGGAAUAAAUUGUUUACCCAGGAGAACCAUUUCUAACAUGUCUUUUGUGCCCAUUCAGUAUAUGGUCCUAUGCUAAACUUGAGAGAAUGGAUAUGGCUAAUUAUACUUUUGUCUCUGCAAUAAAUGGAUGAAAUGUUAUGGCAGAAAUGAAAGAGACCACGUAAGCAAAAUAUUUUCUUUAAGGUAGUUUAUGAGAUGUAACAGCUGCAAAAAUAGAAAUCCAGCCGAGGCGGGGUGUUGCAGGUAACAUCUUGAUGUUACUGAUGACAAAACUUCGAGUAUACAGAAAGCAAGAUUUCAUUCUAGACUUCACAAAAGUAUUUUCUCCUCAGCUAUCACUUUUAUGGCCUUUGCCCCUGUGUAUGUGUGUUCAGGGGAUUAGAAAUCUCAACUGUGGUUUGUCUUUUCAGUAAUGACCAGGUAGGGCCCCAGCUGAUUUAGACAUGUCUGCACCUUUAUGUUCAACUCUAUUAGUGAAAAUAACAUCUAAUGUUCCAGUUGUUUGGAUGAAGCAAGGGAUGCUGAACACCACCGAAGUGUGCUACUGAAUUUCGUCAGCUUUGCGAACUCUUACAGAAUAAUGAUUCUGGUAGUAAAUUUGCGGUACAGUGAAGGAAAAGAGCAAGUAAAUAGAACAGGGUGGGAGAGGGGAUGAAGGAAGGCCAAAAGGGAUAGAAAAGGGGAAAAGCAGAGGGCAUGACUAAAGGCAUAUUAAGUCUUUGGGGUACAGAAAAUGACAUUUCCUGGAGAAAAAAUUAUUUUUUUUCUUUUUUUUUUUUUUUUUUUUAAUUUUAGCAAUAUAAACAAGUAAAACUAGGAGGAACAAAAGAAACCUAUGUUUAAAUCUGAGGAUAAUCUUUAUUGUGAUAAAAAAUAAAGUAGACAGAAGGGAAGAAUUCUGAGGAGAGAUAUCAAAGGCCAAAAAAGCAGCUGUUUCAAGUGAUCUACAUAUAAAAUCCUACCACCUCUGAGUUCAAAUGUUGCACCUGAACAUAACAAGUAAGUGCAGGCGUUAUUCCUAACAUAGUCAGGCUUCUAUACAUCUUCUGUUAGAGACCUUGAUUAAUUGUCUUCACCAGAAAUUAUUUGAAAGGAACUACAGCAACAAGAAAUGCUUGAGUGUAAUUUUUAUAUGUAGACAUUUAUUGGUUAAUAUGUUACUUGGGAAUGGAUCUGCCCUUUGCACAAAAUGGAAUGCAUGGAGUUCUUUCAUGUAAAUGUGAUGAUUAAAUGGUAAUACCUAAUACCAAUUAAAAAGCCCAGUCUUUCAUAUUCCUAUGGGGAAAAAACCCGUAUUUCAUAUGGUUACCAUCUCUUAAUAUGGAUUAAAAAAAUUAAAGUUUCACUGGAAGUGCUAUAUUUAUUUCAACUAUUAUCAGGAAAUUAGCUCAACAUUUCAGAUGUGAAACUGAGUUUAAAGAAAAUCUGGCUUGGACUAAAUGCAAGUAGAACGCAAGUUCUCUGUUUCGUAAGAUUAAAAAAAAAAUGCUUGAAAACAUUCAAUUUCUCUUUCUUGGUCUAUCAGUCAUGCAUCUAUCAAGUACACAAAACAUCUACUAGUAUCAAUGCACAUUCUGCCAAUGGCUUCUCAGAUUCUGGAAAUGAGAGGAAAAGCUUUUACAUUGACAUUUGCAUUACAAUCACUUGAAAU